AUGGGGACUCGGAAUGGCUUGGGGCUCCAUCUCAUUUUCACAAGUUUUUUCUUUCUUGCAACCACAUAUACUUGUUUGGGUGUUGUUGAAAAUACUAGCAUCAUUUGCUUUGAGCAAGAGCGCCUUGCUCUUCUCAAGUUCAAAGGGAGUGUGAAAGAUUUAUCUGGAAUGUUGUCAUCAUGGGUUGGCAAUGACUGUUGCCUGUGGGAAGGAAUCCAGUGUGACAGUCUCACUGGAAGAGUUGAAAGCCUGAAUCUCCAUUUCUUAGUUGGUAAUGAGGUGAACUCUUCUUUGGUAGAAUUGAGGCAUCUAAAUCACUUGGACUUGAGUGAGAAUGAUUUUAGAGGAAGCCGCAUCCCUGAGUUUAUUGGAUCCUUCAAACAGUUGACAUUCCUCAAUCUCUCUAAUGCUGGGUUUCGAGGUAUUAUUCCUCCUCACAUUGGAAAUCUUUCUCAUUUAAAGGUUCUUGAUCUCAGUUCAAACUAUGAGCUCAUGGCAGAUGAUAUGGCAUGGAACUUUGCAGACUUUCUAAAAGUGAUCCCUUCUUUAUCAGAGCUGCACAUGUCACAUUGUGGGCUAGACAAGACAUUUCUGUCUACCCUUCAUUUGAAUUUCAGUACUAUUUCUAACAUCCAACACCUGGAUCUUAGCGAUAAUUCAAUUGGAGGCAUAUUUCCAUCCGUUGUAACAAACAUGACUUCACUAAGAUUCCUUAAUCUUUCGGGAAACAUGUUGAGUUCAUCAGUUUCUACUAUGCCUAGCCUUUUAGAGCUUGAACCCUCGGACAACAGAUUGACAGGUCCAAUUCCCGAAUCUCUAAGAAGAUUAAGAUUCUUAGAAGUAUUAGAUCUAUCAUAUAACGAGUUCACAGGUCCUAUUCCAACAUUCCUUGGGAAAAUCUCCAAACUUGACCUUUCUUUCAAUCAAUUGAAUGGUUCAAUUCCAGACUUCUUUGGAAAAUUAACAGAUUUAACUGAUCUGAAUCUAGGAUCCAAUCAGUUAAGGGGAGCUAUUCCGGUUUCAGUUGGGCAACUUUCCAAACUCCAUUCUCUAGAUAUUUCUUACAAUUCUUUGGAAGGAGUAGUUUCUGAAGCCCAUUUUGCUAAUCUUUCAAUGUUGAAGCAUUUGGAUACUUCUUAUAACACUAAACUGACAUUCAAAGUUUCACGUGAGUGGAUACCUCCAUUCCAAUUGGUGUCUUUUAAAAUCAUUUCUUGCAAUAUCGGAAGUGAAUUCCCACAAUGGCUUCAAAAUCAAAGGACACUUGAGACAUUAGUGUUGUCAAAUGCUACAAUUUCAGGACCUUUGCCCACAUGGUUGCGUGAGAUGCCUGUCAUUCCUUUCUUAGAUCUCUCUCACAACAAACUCAGCGGAUCUUUAACAAACCUUCCUAAUGGUGGAAACUUUUAUGUGUCCGGAUAUCGAGUUGACCGGGUAUUGUCUCUAGAAAAUAACCUUUUCAACGAGUCGAUACCAAGGUCAUUGUGUAGAAGGACAGACUUGGAAAUACUUGAUCUUUCUAGAAAUAGGUUAACAGGGAAAAUUCCCAAGUGUCUUCAGAAUCUGCAAAAGUUGUUUGCGAUGAUAUUUAGCUCAAAUCAACUCUCAGGUUUCAUUCCAAGUUUUAUAGCAUUUAAUUCUUCAUCGUUAGUUUGGUUACAAUUGAAUGACAAUAACUUUGUUGGUGAAGUCCCUCGAGAAUUGGGGAAGUUACGCAAUUUAAGUGUUCUAGAUUUGGGUGAUAAUAAUUUUUCUGGAAAUAUACCAGAUUGGAUUGGCGAAAACCUUCUAUCUUUGAUGGUCUUAAGGUUACACAAAAAUUACUUCACCGGAAAAAUUCCUCUAUCAUUAUGUAAAUGUUCAAAGCUUCAUAUUUUGGAUGUUGCAUACAACAACUUAACGGGAACCAUCCCUGCUUGUCUAGGAGACUUGGAUGCCAUGGUUAGAAGCGAGUUAUCUGAGAGUGCACAUGUUUAUGAAAAGGUGAUGCAAGUGAUGAAAGGUGUUGAUCUUGAAUAUACAACAACUUGGGAUAUAGUCUAUAACAUGGACCUUUCAAGCAAUAAACUUGUUGGAGAAAUACCAUUGGAGCUAACUGCACUUUCUAUGUUGUUGGGUCUCAAUUUGUCAAAUAAUCAUUUCAGUGGGAGAAUUCCAGAAAACAUUGGAAACAUGACGAGGUUGGAAUCUCUCGAUUUAUCUGGAAACAAGUUGACCGGGAUGAUCCCUCCAAGCAUGGCAGCUUUGACUUUUUUGAGCCAUCUGAAUCUGUCACACAACAACUUGUCGGGACGAAUUCCAACAGGAAGUCAGUUGCAGACCCUUAUUGAUGAUCCAUCAAUAUAUGGUGGGAACAGAGAUCUUUGUGGACCUCCAUUGCCAAACAAUUGCUCAGAUCAUGAAAACCCAACAACAACAACAACAACAACAAUCCCCAAGAAGAAAUACAAACAAACUGAUGCGCCUACCAAAGCAUGGUUGAAGACAUGGUAUUACGUAGACGUAACAUGUGGCUUUGCAACAGGGUUUUGGGGUGUUAUUGGACUUUUGUUGUUCAUGAAGCAGUGGAGACAGAAGCUUUUCACGUUUGUGGAGGAAACCAUUGACAAUAUUUCUCAAGUGUAUAUUAGUUAUGAUUGUUUUACUUCUUAA